AUGAUUAACGUGGUAGCCAUCGCCCUGUUAUUAUUAUCCGGGAGGUGUAGUGCUUGGUCCGAUCCCCCAGCCCCUGACGACUUUCUCCGGCGUAAUGGCCCUCGAGCCGUGGUUGUCGAUGAUUUCGUGUAUAUUGAUGGAGGAUAUGUUUUGGGAAAAGACUUCCCACCCCCAUUUCGUGCCGUGCUUUCAAAUCCCAGUCUUGCUGAUGGCCUUAUAGUAACCCCAGCCAACGACACGCUUGCGAUCGAUCUCUCGAAGUCCUGGUAUCCCAGAGACGUGUCAUUUCUCAAGCCCAGAGUGGCGCCGAGGAAGCCGCCUCUUUAUCGAAGCGGCAUCGUUGUCGACGAGAACGCAAAGUCAUUAUAUCUUUGGGGAGGUAGAAGAGUGGAGCAAGAUGGUAAGAGAGAAAAAGAGAAACUGUCACCAGACCGUGUGCUCUGGAAGUUCACGCCGGAUGGCAAGGGAAACGGUAGAUGGAACUCUGAAGUUACCCUCGGCAUCGACCGAGUGGUACGGAGCGAGGGAACCGCGUACACAGCAGCAAAAGGGUUGGGAUUUUGGUUUGGUGGUGCCGUAAACGAACAGACGGAUAGUUCAUCAAAUGCGAAAGCCGCUGACGGGACCGCAACACCCGGAUUCGUCACCUUCAACUUCACAUCCAAGGCUUGGACGAACCACACCGAUAUCCCUGAAUCAAUCAAGCACCCAUAUUCCGCCACGGCCACCUACGUGCCUAGUUUCGGCCCUAAUGGGGUUAUCGUACUUAUUGGUGGUACAAGCAGGCCAAAUCGCCUCCCUGCGUUUGAUUUAGGAGUGGUUAACUUCGUGGACCCGGUGACUCUGAAAUGGUAUAGCCAGACAACAUCGGGUCCCUCUCCAUCCCGACGUAUGGAUCAUUGUGCAGUCAGUGUCCAGGGGGAAAAUAAAACCCAUGAAAUCUUCAUUUAUGGCGGGCAGGAUAAUGAAAGCGCAGACGGAGAAGUCUUUGGAGAUGUGUGGGUUCUAAGUCUCCCAGGGUUUGUUUGGCACCGGGCAGACCCUGGCGAUGGAGAUAUUAGAACGCACCAUGAUUGUGUGCAUGUUGGAAAGCGCCAGCUUCUUAGCAUUGGCGGACUCAGCUCGCCGGCGCCGAGCAAUAUGUCCUUUCCGGACCCCAAUCCACAAGGCCUAGGAAUCUUUGACAUGACGGAGAUGAAAUGGACAGAAAAAUACAACUCAGGGGCUGAUCCUUAUGCAACCCCGACUAUCAUCAAGAAGUGGUAUACCGAUGGGGGGUUGGAAUCGGUAGUUUGGGGCGAUGGAGUCCAAGAUUUAUUCCUGAACGAGACCCCUUCUGACCCUUCGCCCAGUACUGGCGCCCUCUCCGCUGGCGUUACUGCUGGCAUCACAGUCGGCGCAGUUGCAUUCGUGGCGGCGAUUGCGACGGCUGCAUUCUGGCUCUUUCGAAAGCGUAAGGGGGAAAAGAUGGCAAAAUCCCAAGAGCUUGAGGCUCUCACCUCCACGCUCAAUGGAUCCUCCUCUGCCUGGACUUCAACUUUAUCGCCUUUGGACACUCGUAAAGAGAUGUGUGUCGCUCACCCUGAGCUGGCAGGAGAUACCCACCGCUUAGCCAUGCGAGAUGAGUUGCUUGUCCCAGGUCAGAUUCCUACAGAUCAACGAGUUGAACUCCAUGCAGAUGAACGUUCCGAGGUGGUGGGAUAG